GUCAGUCAAGCGGCUGACGUUCUGACCACGCCUACUUCUUUAACCUGGUUUAGAGUAAUUGAUAUCGUUUCUGAAGCGAAAGACUUGUAAUUUCAUCCGCAUGAACUCAUAGACAUGGUGUCCGAGCCACAGUAAUAUGUAAAGAAUGGACACCAAAAUACCUCCAGACAUGAACAGCGCCGACUUACCCCAAUGACUUUAGUCAAUUUAGUUUUUGAGAAUGAAUGUGAGACAGAAAACGAGAAGCAUGGAAGAGGAGGAAUUAACUGAAAAUACCAUGCGGCUUAAGAACAUAGUUCUGUUUCUCAGGUAGCUAUUUAUAAGAGGAGGAAGAAAUGUUUUAGUAGAUGUACACGCCGUCACUAACACACUACCACUAUUUUCAUGCUUGAUUUGGUAGACACUGAAACCAUUUUAAGGUAGUGAAAACAGUGUGAUAAAAAAGAAAGAGGUUUGGGUACAACAGCAAGGCUUAGUGUAGAUUCAAAACAUACUAAUAUUUAAAAAGCCAAUCAGAAAACAAGGAGUUGUGAAACAUGGAUUUUGGUGAAAGCACUCUUUGUGGAAGUGGAGACCUGGAACUGGAUCCAGAUAUCGUGAGUGAGGAAGCGGGGAAACUCUACUCUGAGCUACAGUCAGUGGUGGAGACUCAUGGAGCUGGAGUGGUGGAGUCUCUGCUGCCCAUCCUCGUCUGGGUUCUGGAAGGGCUGGCGAGCUGCAGGGCUCAGCUGAGAGAGAGAGAGGACGAGGCAGAGAAGGAGAAAGGAGAGAGUGAAGAACUGCUGCAGAGAUAUCAGAGUGAGAAAACACUGAGGAGAGAGAGCCAGGAGCGCUAUUUGGAGUUGGAUGACCAGUUUGAGCAAGAGAGGAGAGCAAUGCGUGCGAGAGAAAAGGAGAGAGAAAAGAGAGAAAGAGAACUGGAGAAGAAAGCCAGAGAACAAGCUGACCAAUUGAUGGCUUUGGAGGAGCAGAAAGCAAAUCUGACCCGAGAACUAAACUCAAUCAAACACACACAUAACAAGUUAGUACAACUGACACAUCGAGAUCUGCUGGAAAAGAAAAAGGAGUGGGAGAGUGAAGCCUCCACUUUCAGCAGGAAUCACGUGCACGGCAAACACUCAGAAGCUGUUCCUACACAAGGCCAAACAGAAACCACCUGCACCGAAGAGCAACAUGGUCCUAAAGCUGGCUUUGGCCCUGAUUCCACUGUGUCAGAAACUACCAUUACCAAUGACAGCAACACGACUGAUGCUGAGGUCAACCAUAGCGAUGAGCAAUCCUUUGUCAGUGACAUCAUAAGCUCCACCCCUGAGCUGGCCCAUUUGGAGGGCUUUAUUGAAACAAGCUCCCCUGUUUGUUCGAAGACCGCGACCUCUGGACUAAACUCUAGUUUGUUUAAGGAGAUGAAACAUGCUCAGGAGGAUAAGAGAGAGGUAGAUGAAGACCAGAAGGUGAAAGAUGGAGAAAAACCACAGGAGGAGGAAGAGAUGGACAGCGACUCUGAUUGCUUGGAGUGGGACUUGAGGAAUACAGAGUCUGUGUUUUCAGAGUUAUCUGAACUCAGCAGGGAAUAUGUGGAAAACGUCGACCAAGGGGCCAGCAUCAGAGAUAGCACAGACCAGUUUGAGCAGAUUCUUUCUCAGUAUGAGGAACUAAAACACACUCAUGAAAUGGUGGAUACUGCUCGUAAGGCCCUUAUAUCCCGUGUUGAGGAGCUGACCAAUGAAAGAUCUGCACUGAAUUUGGAACUCGCUUCUUGCCUUGAAACCAUCACUCGGCUGGAAGGGAAAACCAAGGAGAUGGAGGAGGAAAGCAAGCGGUUACGAAAAGAGCUAGAGGCAGUCCAGUCAGAGGACCCUGAUGCCUCGCUACCGACCUCCCUCCGUCGCUUCUCUCGUUCUGAAAUGGCCCGGGUCGUCAUGGAGAAAAACCAGUACAAAGAGCGACUGUUUGAACUGCAGGAAUCUCUGCGGCGCUCUCAGACUCUAAGAGUUAACAAAGAAGAGCGCCCUCCUGUGGAAGGGAAGGGUAGUGUGUGGAGCAGGUUUAAUCGUUUUCUAGGUUUGACAAAGGGUCAGUUAGCACCAGCCACAGCUUUAGCAUUAGCCAUCUCUCCCACGCCAGCGCCUGCACAAACACCAGUGGGGUCUCCACAGCAUCUCUCCACGAGACCGCCCCAAACUGAGACUUCUCCUUCUCCUUCUCCCAGGUUAAGGAAAAGAGAGUUGUACAGGGAGAUCCGUUCUCAUGUGUGGGGUAACCUGGGUAAAAAACAGCUCCAUGGAUGGAGCAUGCCUCUCGCUGUUACAAACAUAAAGGACUCUGAAGCCCCUCCUGAGCCCAAAGACGUGCCCGUCCUCGUCCAGCUGAGACUGCUGGACCAGAGAGAUGCUACAGCGAAGCUCACAUGUGCUGUUGCGGUUCCUCCUGAGAUAUCAGGAGAGCAGACGUGUUCUGUGUGGGCCGUCACUGGACCUGCUUCCAGCAGUGAUGUCACUGUGAUUGACCCGGCUCGCUCCAAUACCAUUCUGGAUCAGUUCAGCCUUCCACCCACGUCCCCUGCAUUAUGCAUCUGUGUUGUGCCCCCUACCGGAGACACUGCAGGAACUGUGUGGAUUGGAACACAGGAUGGAGGAGUGCUGAUUCACUCAUCCUCCAGCUCCAGGCGCCGCUGUCUGCAGUCUGCCAGUCUCUCUGAGGGGGUGCACUCUCUGACGUAUUCUCAGGGCGAGGUGAUCGCUGGCUUGGCCAAUGGGACGCUUGCAUUCUUCACCCAUAAUUCAGCCAUCUGGAAUCUUCAGUCUCAAGAGGUGCUUUCUCUCGGCACACCACCUUUGCAGCCCAUUCGCUGUUGCCUGGCAAAGGAGGGGUGUCUUUGGGUGGGAUACUGGAAUAAAGUUUACAUGAUCAGUACGAAAAAUCGGAAAGUAGAGAAAUCGUUCACAGUGUCUGAGCGAUGUGAGCAGCAGGUGCGUUUUCUGUGCGCAGCAGGAAGUGGGGUUUGGGCUUCCUGCCGUUUGGAUCCCAUACUUAGGCUUUUUGAUUGGACAACUGGCCGUCCACUACAGGAAGUAGAUUUAUCAUCUAUAGUGACUAAAGCUUUAGGUUCUGCGUUCCUGUCUCUGUCUCCUCUUCAGAUCACAGCCUUGUCUGUGGUCAGCGGGCGGCUGUGGGUGGGCACGGGAAGGGGUGCAAUCUUCUCAGCUCCCCUGUCACUCAGUUCAGAGUCCUGCUCUAUACCAUAUUGUUCUCUUGCAUCAGCUCAGCUCUGUUAUCAUGGCCACCGACAAGCAGUUAAAUUCAUUAUUUCUGCUCCAGGCUGCCGUAGUUCCUCCAGUUCAGCAGAUGGCGCUGCUACUACCUCUCUGCUCAUUCUCAGUGGAGGGGAAGGAUAUAUCAACUUCCGAAUUGGAGAUGAUGGAAGUGAUGGGGCCAGUGAGAGUGUCCUACAGAGAUCAGAGCGAAGUCACAUGAUUAUUUGGCAGAGCCCCACCCCCUCCAUCCCAAGCCCCGCCCUCUGAAAGCACUUCAGCUGUUCACUCAAACUGUCUUUGAGCUCUGUCAAUAUGAUCAAGCGCACUACAUAGUACAAUGCAUUACUGUUCUUCUGUUCCCUUUCUAUAGAUGCUCCCAAAGGGAAGCCUGAAGUCAAAGUAAAGCAGUAACAUAAAGCAUUUUCUAAGAAAUGUUAUAAUGUAACACUCAAUCUGCACUUUUAUUUUACUUGUUUUGGGGUGAACUGACUUUAAUUGGCAUUGUCUUUUUUUUAGGUUUCAUAACAGCUCAACUGGCUUCUCUCCAGUGUGCCUUAUUUUUUGUGGUUUCAAAUUCUGCCCUGUAUUUGGCCGGUGUUUUUUUUUUUUUUUUUACACAAUCCUAAAAUACUGGAACAACUGGUUGUGACUGUGAUGCUUGGCCAGGAAUUAUUACUAUAUUUUUAUUUAUUUUUUUAUUUCAAAUCAAGGGGAGUGAUAUAUUUAAACCAAUAUGCUGUUGGUCAUGACAUGCAGUGCUCUGAAAAAUACUCAGUGUUGGUUGCUUGUCAUGUGCAUUAGAUCAAUUGGAAAAUUUGCACACACAAAAAAAACAACAAUGACAAAAAGCUGACCUAGAUUGA